AACAAGGUAACAUCUUCCGGUUCAUAAGGUCGUGUUUUUGUGUGUAGCAGCAGCUAUUAGGGAACGCCAGCUAAGUUGCUAAAGAGCUAAGACACCCUCCGAACAAGUCAGUUCACAACAUCAACGUUUAACCUUUAGGCAGAAGUCAAGGAAAUGUUGAUUUUGUAGAGUAGCUUACAUUGCUUGUGGACCAAACUAGCAGUAACUAGCUAAACGAGCUAAAACCUGGACCUUAGCUGAGCGAGUGUGUAACGUCAGUAAGUUCAACAGAGUAGACAUGGGAGGGCGAAGAUAAGCAAUUAACGUUCUACAGUUUCGGAGAGGAGCCACCCACUGAUGUCUGAACAUAAGGAGGACCCACCACAGCGGCAGCAGUCAGCAGGGCUCGCAGAAGGAACAACUGCCCAAACCAGGAACAGGAGAAGGUCGCUGUGUUCUGGAUCAGACACGAUGGGUGGUGCGAUGGGAUCGGUUCUACACUGGCUGCAGGAUGUGGCAGCUGUGACACUCCUCAAAGCCCGGCGGACUUUAUUUCAGGCUGCCAUCCUGUUAUGUGUCCUGGUUCUGCUUCUUUGGGUGUCCAUCUUUCUCUAUGGAAGCUUCUAUUACUCCUACAUGCCCACUGUGAGCUUCUCCACCCCUGUGCACUUCCAGUACACUUCUGAUUGUGAUGCCUCAGAGUCAGCGCUUUGUUCAUUCCCCACAGCCAACAUCUCUUUCAUGAAGAAUGAGAGGGACCAGGUGAUGGCUUACGGCCAGCCUUAUCGAGUAUCACUGGAGUUGGAGAUGCCAGAGUCUCCAGUCAAUGAACAGCUGGGUAUGUUCAUGGUCAAGAUGUCCUCUUAUACCAGAGGAUGGAAGACUGUCUCAUCAGUGCGACGGUCCACAAUGCUGCACUACCGCUCCAGCCUUCUGCAGAGCCUGAGCACUUUACUGUUCUCUCCUUUCCUUUUGAGUGGGAUGGCUGAGCAGAAGCAACUCAUAGAAGUUGAGCUCUUCUCAGACUACAAGACAAACGCUUAUCAACCCACUGUCGGUGCAGUCAUUGAGAUCCAGUCCAAACGAGUGCAGAUCUACUCAUCUCAGCUCCGUAUCCAUGCUUACUUCACCGGUAUACGGUACAUUCUGUACAACUUUCCCCUGACGUCUGCAGUGAUCGGCGUGGCCACCAACUUUGCCUUCCUCAGCGUCAUUGUGCUGUUCAGCUACCUGCAGUUCAUAUGGGGUGGCCUCUGGCCUCCAGACCAAGUAAGAGUCAGGGUCAUGAUGGGAGAUAACACCCGCAUCCAGCAGAGGAGAGAGGAGGCUCGGAAGCGCAUGGAGAAGGAAAACUCGCAGAAGGAACUCAAUGCCCCUAAAGUGAUUGGAGCUGUGAAUGAAGCAUCUGAUCUCCAAGUAAAUGACACGGUGGCAGAGCAGUCGUCAAAGAAGCCCUCAGUGCUCCCAGAUGCCUCGGGGGCUGAUGUGCCAGAUACCAAGGAGGAAGGGUCUCAUGACUCUACGGGGCCAGAGGAGACAGACAGGUCUGAUGUGUUGGAUGGAUGCCAGGUGCCUCAGCAGGGUGAGACAACACUCCGACAGAGACCUGGACCGUGGAUGAGCCUGUGAACCAUGGCACUGCACACAGCUUAAGUACCUAGAGUAUAUGCUCACAUGCCACACAAUGUCCCAUCACUUGCCUCAGAAGAUGUUGAACGUGAUUUGGCACAUAAUUGGUUGACUCAUGUUUGGCAUGUUUGAGUAGGGCAGAAUACAGAUGCAUGAGAAUAUAAUACUUGUGUUGUUUUAGCUAGCUAUUUACAGCUUAUUGUCUCGUCUUGAAAACACUUUACCUCACUGUAAAUUUGACCUCUGCUCAUUUCUGUUCACUUGCUUUCUGCUCAGGAGGAAGCCUGCUCUAAACCUCUACAGUCUUGUGUUUGUGCCAUCUGAGUUUUAGUGGCCAAAGCAGGAGAUAUGACAUUCCAGCUCUAGCGUGUCCGCCAGGGAAUUUGACUUUACCAUCAACAAUUGAACACACCUUUUUAAAGUAAGUUGAACACGCCCAUGGUUGACUUCUCCGAUGUUGUGUUAGGUGGCUUUUUCACAUCAUGGCCAGCCUACAAUGGCUGAAGCACACAUCCUGGUAAUCAUACCAGCAUCAACUCAGCAGAGUUGAUUCUGUUUAUGAAUCUAGCUGCCCCACCCUUGAAACAAAAUUUGAUGUUCAUUUUUGGAAGUUGGAAGUUGGAAAGUUCCCACCCUUUUAGAGGAUACAUACAAACAAGCCUCGUGUCAGUUUUACUCUAGAGGCUCUCUCAGAGCAAUUAGAUUUGUAAAAUGCACCUAAAAAGUGUCUUUGUUUUUACUAACUUCCUUGAAAAAAUGUGGAAUGGGUCCAGCCUGAGGCACAUAAGGAAUUUGUUGCUUUUUCAUCGUGCAAACAGAGACGUUCUGUUUCAGUGUAACGGGUGAUUUACACAUUUAGUUAAGGCUUCAGCGUGUUUACAAAGCUGCUGUUCAUUCCAUCAGGCCUUUCUCUUCAGUGUCUGUUACAGUGCAGUUUCCACUCUGCACUUUAAUGUUAUUAAAGUUGUAUUUAUUGUGUUUUCCUUACAACAAAGCACCAAGGUGUUUUAGCUGGGUCUUUUAAGUAAUAUAAGUUGAUUAAAAGUCUGUUAAUUUAACAUGUUUGUAUUUAACGUCAAAGAACAUACAGUAUGAGAAGAAAAAGUGACAUUACUGUUCUGAAAUUGUUGCUGGUUGUUAGAGCUAAUAAAGUGAAGGUGAUGCAGGAAUUGCUGGUAUAUGACUCCAUGUAUUUAGGGCUCUUAGGGUUUGUGCAAGUUGUAUUGAUGUGGAAUGUUGUACCAAAGAUAUUGUUGAACUUAUAAUGCUCUCAUGAUCUGUUAUCCUGGAUUCUGUCAUGCACAAUAUCUGUAUGCAGUAAAAGCCUCUGAAGUUAUAUGAGUGGGUGUUAUUUCUGCUUUGAAUAAAUUACAGCAC